GGGGGUGGUUACGGUGUUUCACUUCCGCGGAUUUUAGCGAGGCCUUAACUGCGCGGAGGGCCGCAACAGGCCUAGGUAGCGUCGACCCGGCUAUCGGCGCCCCGGGGGAAAACGGGGCGCUGCUUUGCUGGGUCUGAGGCGGCGGCGGGAACACAGCUCAGCCUCCGGAACCUCCCUCCCCGCCUCCCCGCCUCCGGACGAAAUACGGACGAAAAGCUCCCAUGGAAUUUUGAUUCACCGAGUGACCUUGAGCUCAGGGUGGACGCGUACCGUGUAGUUCUGGCUGCACUCGGCAAUUCAAAGAAGGAAUGCAGUGAAAAAGCAUCGCUGAGAAGCAGAUCGGGGCUCAGAAGGUGAUGGUUGCGAACUAGCUCUGGGAGCUGGAUAUUUACAUUCUUUGCGCCUUAUAACCUCUUCUGACCAAAAAAGGAUUGGGUUAAAGGAAUUUUGUGGGAGUGUCACUGUAUGGAAACACUGUUCCAGCCGGGGUGUCUCCAAAGGGCUCAGUGUAAUUCCAGGACCAGAAUAUUGCCAGCCAGCCAGCCAGCCCUACAUUUAAUGACUCCUAAAUGCUCUUGGGCUUCUAAAGAAGCGCCAUGGCCUGUACCGCUGUCAUGAUUCCUGGGUGGCUGCGGGGCUGUGCCGGGGCCAUCUGCACGCAGGCUGCUUCGUGGAGAUCGCCGCCCAGCGCUGUGCGCCACCUCACCCUCAGCAGCAUGAUGAAAUCCAGAAGGAAAACUGACCACUUGGAGAGAACUGCAGAUGUCGUUCGACGGGAGGUGGUGUCGGCCGCGAAGGUGUGUGACACUGCAGACGAGUCCCCGUCGGUGAAGAGGCUCCGCCUUCUUGUGGCGGAUAAAGGCUUCUCCUUCAAAGCUGGCCAGUGGGUUGAUUUCUUCAUCCCAGGAGUAUCUGUGGUUGGUGGGUUCUCCAUAUGCUCCAGCCCCAGACUGCUAGAACAAGACAGAAUGAUAGACUUGGCAGUGAAGUAUACGAAUCAUCCUCCUGCUCUCUGGGUUCACAAUCAGUGUGCACUUGGCUCUGAAGUGGCCGUGAGAGUGGGUGGAGAGUUCUUCUUUGACCCUCAGCCUGCGGACGCCUCUAGGAACCUGGUGUUGAUCGCAGGGGGAGUCGGAAUCAACCCUCUGCUUUCCAUCCUGCGGCACUCAGCCGACCUGCACAGAGAACGGGCCGACAAAGGAAGCGGGUAUGAGAUGGGGACGGUCACACUCUUCUACAGCGCGAAGAACACCAGCGAGCUCCUGUUUAAGAAAAAUAUCCUCGAUUUAGUCAAUGAAUUUCCCGAGAAGAUGGCCUGCAGUUUGCAUGUCACGAAACAGACUGCACAAAUCAGUGCAGAACUCAAGCCGUACAUCACGGAAGGAAGAAUCACGGAGAAGGAGUUAAGUGAUCAUAUUUCGAAGGAGACUUUGUUCUACAUUUGCGGCCCACCUCCGAUGACAGACUUCUUCUCCAAGGAGCUGGAGGACCGCCACGUGCCCCCGGAGCACAUUUGCUUUGAGAAGUGGUGGUAGGAGCUGGCGAGGCGGGAAAGGGAGCGUCAGGGCCACUCAGGACAGUGACAGACAGUACGUUCUGUGAUUCCUGGCAGGAUGAGCUGACCUCUCCCCAGUCUCAGGUUUUUAAGGCUGUGAACUAAGUGACCAGUUGGUGAAUAAAAGGAAAACCAGCUGACAGUCUUAAGUGAUAAACCUUUUGCAAAAGCCUCAUUGUUUGAACUCUUUCUUACCAUGUUGACUUGCUUUUAUGAGUCACUGAUUAUCUCAGGCCGUACCUCAAAUUGGUCAAUACAGAUUUUCUUUCCCCUUAAGGAAAAGAAAGACAUAUCCUUAUAUUUCAUCCUAUGAAGAUACGGUUUUGUGGGUGACAUGUUGGCUAUCUUUAAAUUAUUUGACAGCAAUCUGUGUAUCUUAUGUUGAAUAAACUUAAACCUAUUCUUAA